UUUUUAUUUUUUUUCUAUUUUUUUCCUUUUUUUUCUAUUUUAUUAUUAUUCUUUUAUUGUCUUGUUGAUUCAACAUUGUUCAAUCAUCAUGUCGUCCAACCUGUUCGAGUCGGCCUUCUGGGACACGGACAUCAUCUCGACAGCCGGCUUCGACGUGCUGUGCAAACGCCUGCGAGAAGGCAAGGGCUCUGUCCACAACUACGCCGAAUUCGCUCGUCAGCGUGCUGCCAUUGAGGAGGUUUAUGCCAAAUCGCUCAUCAAACUGGCGCGAUCCAUGGUCAGCAAGAACGAGCUCGGCACGUUGCGGCGGUCUUGGGAUGUUCUGCGCACGGAAACUGAGAAUGCUGGAUAUCUUCACAUCAAAGCUGCCGCUCAAAUCUCGAACGAGAUCGAAAAGACGACUCGCGACUUCAAACUCAGUCAAAAGACGGCGCGAAAGAAGACUGAGGAACUUGUGAAGAAUCGGCACGCAACCAAACUCUCAGCGUUCGAGCACAUGCAGAAGUCUCGGAAGACGUACGAGACCAAGUGCAGGGAAUUUGAUACCGCCGAGAAGGAGUUUAAAACCGCGCCCACCAGCAAGGACGUUGACAAGCUGAAAGCAAAGAUGAAAAGGUCGCAAGAAGCUAGCGAAGCGGCGGAUGUAGCCUAUCAGCUGUCCUUGACUCAGCUUGAAGAAAGUCGACGCCAGUGGGAAGGCGAAAUGGAAACAUGCUGCAAGCACUUUUACGAUUUGGAAAAGGAGCGCAUUUUGUACCUUCGCCAGUCAAUGUGGGCGUUUGCGAACAUUAUGUCCUCCCUGGCUGUUCAGGACGACGAGCUUCAAGAAAAAGUGCGCUGCAGUUUGGAAGAGUGCGACUGGGGCAAGGAUUUGGAAGAGUUUGUUCGAACUCGCCGAGUGGGUUCACAGCGCCCAGCCAUGAUCGGCUACAUUAACUUUUACACGGGACCCCGAGCACUGCCUGCAGCUGCCGUUCACUCGGCAAACCUAAACUCGGGUCUUUCUCCGGAUUAUCUACCAACAUUGCAACGAUCCACGAAGCCAACUUCGACCCUGUUGCAACAACUGCAUCAACAAGCACAGCCGCAUCAACAAGCGCAGCCGCCGCCGCCUCCGCAGUCGCGAAUGGUGUCGCUUGACUUUAUUGUCGUGGCUCGCUACACUUACCAAGCGCAGGGCGAUCAAGAGCUGUCGUUCAAUGAAGGCGACUUUAUUCGUGUGCUAGACAACGAUGCGAACGACUGGCGGCGAGGAGAGCUCCUGACACAAGAUUUGACGUCUUUCGAUCCGCCGAUCAAAGGCAUGUUCCCAGCUCAGUACACGACUCGAUACUCGACGUAAGAUGUGGAUGGUGCUCCGUCGGUCGCCUCCCAAUACUUGCGUGUUUCGUGGCUGUUGUUUUUGUGUGUGCAUGAUCUCUGUUGUACUUGCGUGCUGUGUAUUUCCGUGCUGUUGUGUGUUUUUGUGCGUAUUCAAUCAUACUGUACCUUUUUCCCC